AUGAAUAGAUUUGCCCUUUUGACAUUGUUGUUUGUCUAUUACCUUGUCUGGCUCUUACUCCCGAUCUUUCAGCUUGAAAAUACAAUUGUGGGGUUCCCACUGCCGUCUAUAUAUGCGGUUAUUUUGCCUAUACUCCUACUACUAGCAGGCUUGUUUCUAGUAGUGUCGUUUCUAGGCAUGCUAGUAGUUAGCGCCAAGGACUCUACAGAAAAAGCAGUGAAACGAAAAAGCGUGCAUGCCUUCUAG